AUGGCAUCAGUACCUCAGAUGCGAUACUUAAGCUUACAAGAACCAUUCAAAAAUCUUGAUCAAGGAAUGAAAGGCAUUGCGGCCUUCCUAGACCUUGCAAAGGCAUUUGACACAGUGCCUCAUGAGUCCCUUCUAGACGUCCUCGAUGUUUAUGGGAUCAAGGGUGUUGUGUCGGAGGUUUUUGCGAGUUACUUGACAGGUAGAAUACCGAUGACUAAAAUCGGAAACGUAUCAGUGACUCGUCAGAAUAAAAUGGGCAUACCACAGGGCACCGUUAUUGGGCCAUUACUAUUUAUAUUAUAUGGGCUGUCCAAAACGGACUCAGGAAAGUAA